UCGUCAUCCAUCUUUCAAAGCGCAUUUUAAUUUCUCAACUCAAUUUUCUGAUUAGAUUUCUGUUAAUAUUCCAAUUGUCUUUAUUUGAAUCUCGUCUUUUGCAUAGAGUUUGUGUUAUUUUAAUUCUUACUUUUGUGAAUAUUCAGUAAAAAUUUAGAGAACUACUGCCAAAAGAUGUCUUCAGGAAGACCUAUCAAAUGUGUUGUGGUCGGCGAUGGUACUGUAGGAAAAACAUGCAUGCUUAUUUCAUACACAACAGAUAGUUUUCCAGGGGAAUAUGUUCCUACAGUAUUUGACAAUUACUCUGCUCCAAUGGUUGUGGAUGGAGUAGCAGUUUCAUUGGGUCUUUGGGACACAGCAGGGCAGGAGGAUUAUGAUAGACUCAGACCCUUGAGUUACCCACAAACUGAUGUCUUCCUAAUAUGCUUCAGUGUUACUAGUCCUUCAUCUUAUGAGAAUGUUACUUCCAAGUGGUACCCUGAAAUAAAACAUCACUGUCCUGAUGCACCGAUUAUAUUAGUUGGAACAAAGAUUGAUUUGCGAGAUGAUAGGGAAACAUUAAGCCUUCUGUCAGAGCAGGGUAUGUCUCCGUUAAAGAGAGAACAAGGACAGAAGCUGGCCAAUAAAAUUAGAGCUGUGAAAUAUAUGGAAUGCUCUGCCUUAACCCAGCGUGGUCUCAAACAAGUAUUUGAUGAAGCUGUCCGUGCAGUAUUAAGACCAGAACCACAAAAAAGGCAUCAAAGGAAAUGUUUAAUUAUGUAAAUAUAUUGUAUGAUCGACAAAAUAAUAAUAAUAACCAUUGACUAAGCAGGAAUCUCAGACAAACAGUAAUAAUGUGUUUCUAUACCAGAUGUAACACAACAUUAAUAAUUCAUGACAAUAUGUGCCAUAAAUUUUAUUAUGACUGCAUAAUUAGGUCUUAUACAGUCACUAACUGUAUGAGCCCUAAUAACUAUUUAGAAAAAUAUCCCUAGCCCAGUCCAUUGACUGACUCGCAUCUGGCACUAGUUUUUUUUUACUCAAUGAUCAACGUGGGAGAACUAUCAAUCUCUUUCAUGAGAUGUAUAGAUAUUUUAAUUCAAGUAGGUGUACAAAUUAGACCAUCACAACUUUAUAUUCUAGUGAUAUGACUUGUGCUUAUUUACUAAGCGAAGCAAUGCCAAAGAUGAUUCAUUUAGAUUUUAAGUCACCGUAUAUUAACAGUUUGUUUUGGAAACCUUGUUUGUGGGUAGAAACAAAUUAAUACUGUUAUUAUUGUGAAAUAAUUAAAAAUGUUAUUUUUAUACAAGCAAUUGAACCUCAUAUGAGUUCGAGAUAUUCUUAUGCAACUUGUGAAUAAGGACUGACAGUAAACUAGUGUGUACCAUUUACAUACUCAAUUUAUUAUUCAAUUAGUUGCCUUGAAGUGGUAAGCAUUUAAUAUGAAUAUUCAAUGAACGAAACAUUUGUUAUUGCAUUUUAUUUAGGUAUAUACAUAGAAAGUGCUUUUAACUUAUUUAGGUUACUCGCUUAAAGUAUUUUUGUAAGCAUAACUAACAAAUAAUUUAUAUAAGGCAAUAACUUAAUAAAUCUUUGAUAUUAUUAAAGGUUUGGAGAGGUGUAGAGCAGUUUUAGCAUGUUUUUCGGAUAUUUUAGCUCUUCUUGCAACCAUGACAUGACUGAAUGAUAUGUAUUUUGUUCUACAUGUAAAUUAUGUACAUUUUUAAGUAAUUAUUGGCAGCUGAAUGUAUGCUACAAUAAUGGUGGUACAUACAUACAUACAUAUAAUCACGUCUAUAUCCCUUGCGGGGUAGACAGAGCCAACAGUCCUGAGCGGACUGAUAGGCCACGUUCAGCUAUUUGGCUUUAAGAUAGAAUUGAGAUUCGAAUAGUGACAAGUUGCUAGCCUAUCGCCUAAAAAAGAAUCUCAAGUGUGUAAGCCUAUCCCUUAGUCGCCUUUUACGACAUCCAUGGGAAAGAGAUGGAGUGGUCCUAUUCUUUUUUGUAUUGGUGCCGGGAACCACACGGCACGGCAUAAUGGUGGUGAUCUGUCUUAUUCUAAUUUUUUAUUCUAUUUACUAAACUAAACAUUUAGUUUAUGUUUUUCAGUAAGAUAUGUACCUAUAGAUUAUGGAUGGAAAUUAAGUGUGUUAUAAUAAUUCAGUAGAAUGAAGUAUUUUUCUAUAUGAAACUUUAGAGUUAAGAAAAAUAAAAGCAUUUACAAGCGAAAAUUGACAUUUGAUACUAAAAAUCGACAGACCACUUAAAGACCGUCGCAUUAUUUUGAUAAUUAUAGCUUAAAUCAUAUCUAAAACAAUAGUAACUAUUUUUUCUUAUAUGCGAAUUUACCUCCCUUUCUCUUUAUCCUAAAUAAUUUGAUGGUUCUCUUUUCAUCUGUACCGGGCGUUAAACGUGCGUGCUCUUACAUUGAAAUUAUAAAGCUAUAUUAAUCCAAAUACCUCCAUACUCCUUAUUCUUAAAAGGAAUAAGUAUCAGUAAUCAGUAUAAAUGAUAAUUAUUAAGAACCUGUAUUAUAUUAAAGAACACAACAAAUAAAAACAAAUUUACAUCAAACACUAUAUUAUUAUACUAAAUCAAAUGUUUGAUAGAGACUAACACAAAAUACUUAAAAUGAUUUUAUCAACUUUUGAUUAAUGUCAGUGACUUAUUAUUGUCAAAGCAAGUUUGUUUUAAUUCACAAGUUUAUACGAUAUUUAAAUACUGCUUACCUACUUAUGCCAUAUAGUGUCGCUGUUGUAGUAAAUUUAUUUUUAUUUGUUGGAGGUAUUACUGAAUGCCCUCUUUAUUUCGUAAUUACGUUUGCGUGUUUAUUUAUAGAUAUUUAAAAGCGUUUAAAGUAUAUAUGUAGGUAUCUUAUCAGAAGUUGCAACUUAAAGAUACUUAUUGAACGAUUUUACUUCAAGGAGAAAUGGUGGUGAUGUUAAGAGCCCUGCUACGAUUAUUUCAGCAAUCUCAAUGCUUUAUUAUAAUCGAAUCACACGCACAUAGGCCUAUUUAUAUUGAAUGUUAAUGCAGUUAUUGUAUUCAAACAUUACUCCUUAAAUAUCUGGCGUGGUCUUAGUCACCUUUGGUGAACAUACCUACAUAUAAUUAGAAUUUUCAAAAUUGAAAGUGUUGCUUUGUCCCUUCCAAUGUUUGAUGGUUACGCGACUUUGAGAUUUCUUCCAGUUGACAGUUUAAUUCACCUUUAAAUAAAAACAAGCUGAUAGUUCGCCUGGCAGUGCAGAGGCGUGUUGGUCCCAACAUUUGUGGAUUUUGUGACCUGUAGACCGGACAGGGCAUGUGUGUUAACACAAAAAUCAUACACGAAUGCAACCGCUCCUCGCCAUAAUGGUUUGUAAGGAAUACAAAAACUGGUUUAUCGCAAUCAUAAUAAUUUAAAUAGAUAUUAUGAGGGGUAUCCGGGAUAAUUAUUGUAAUUGAUCAAGUUCUAACUUAGGUAAUUGGAACCAAUUGUAUGAAAAGUAUCUACCUAAAAAAAGUGUCAUUGAAAUCUUUCCAUAAAUCGCCGAAAUACGUCAACACAUACAAUAGUUUAUAGACUGCUAACAAAACUUGGAAGGAAAUUUGUAUAUAACUAUUGAAUUAUUUAAAUAACAAGCGAUAUUAAAUUUUAAUAUUGCACUUCAUAAAUUAUUCAAUUUAUUGCAGUGUUAUUAUUUAAUAAACAAACUUAAUGUUUAGCUUCAAUUACUUGUGUAUGAUUGAAAUAAAAAAAACUUUUAAUUAUAAGUAAUUUAUUUCUUAUAACAUUUACAUAUUGAAAUGAUGCUAUUAAUCAACAUGGAAGAUUUAUAUGAAAAACCAUAUUUAACGUCUAAAAAGAACAGUGUUUAAUUAAUUUAGGCAAUGAAGUCGCAUCCUUUUAAUGUUUGAAGGUUGGUACAAUACAAACAAUAAAAUUGAGAAAUUGGGACCAUUAAAACUUGACAUCAGAAAUAUUUCCUGUUUUAGUUACAUACAAGACAUUCAGACAUAUACAUACAUAGAUAUGUUAUGACUAGAAAACAAUGUUUUAGUAAAUAUGCCAAUAAAUUAAUAUGGAUUU